GGAUGAGAAGGACGGCCCUGAAGCCCACAGGCAAGCCAGGCCCACGGCCACGGUCCCUCCAGUCUCCUCGCAGCUCCCCAGCAGCCCAGACGACCCUGCAGGGACCAGAAGCACUCCGGGCAGAAAGGCAGACCCAGAAUCGCUUCCCAAAGCCUCCCGGCCCCUGUGGCCCAGGGACUUGAGACGCCAGCCAGGCGGCUUUCGGGGUGUGUCGGCCCGAUGCCCGCCCGGGAGGACGCGGGGCCUGCGCCCCCGGGGGCCGUCACCUCGGCGCCCACCGGCGACCCUGGGGAGAUCCGCAACUGGGACGAGCUGCUCUACUUCUUCAACCACACCCUGCCCGAGUGCCACGUGGAGCUCAGGGAGGACGCGAAGCAAGUGACGCUGUUCGUGCUGUACCUGGCCAUCUUCGUGGUGGGGCUGCUGGAGAACGUGGUGGUGAUCGGCGUCAGCUGGCGGCGCGCGGGCCGGGGCCUGCUCAGCCUGUACGCGCUGCACAUGGCCGUGGCGGACCUGGGCAUCGUGCUGUCCCUGCCCGUGUGGAUGCUGGAGGUCGCGCUGGACUACACCUGGCUCUGGGGCGGCUUCUCCUGCCGCUUCACGCACUACUUCUACUUCGCCAACAUGUACAGCAGCAUCUUCUUCCUGCUGUGCCUGAGCGUCGACCGCUAUGUCAGCCUGGCGGCCCCCAGCCCACAGCCCCGGCAGCAGCGGCUGCGCCGGGCCGUGUGCGCGGGGGUCUGGCUGCUGUCGGCCGUGCUCCCGCUGCCCGAGGUGGCGCACAUGCAGCUGCUGGACGGCGCGGAGCCCGUGUGCCUGUUCAUGGCGCCCUUCGAGGCCUACAGCGCGUGGGCCCUGGCCGUGGCGCUGUCCACCAGCGUGCUGGGCUUCCUGCUGCCCUUCCCGCUCAUGGUGCUCUUCAACGUGCUGACGGCCUGCCGCCUGCGCCGCGCCGGGCGGCCCGAGGGCCGGCGCCACUGCCUGCUGGUGUGCGCCUACCUGGGCGCCUUCGCCGCGUGCUGGCUGCCCUACCACGCCACGCUGCUGCUGCUCACACUGCACGGCACGCAUGUGUCCCUCCACUGCUACCUGGUGCACCUGCUCUACUUCUUCUAUGACAUCAUCGACUGCUUCGCCAUGCUCCACUGCGUGCUCAACCCCCUGCUCUACAACUUCCUGAGCCCCAGGUUCCGGGAGCAGCUGCUGAGCGCCGUGGUCCAUUACCUGCCCAAGGCCCGGGCCCGGGAGGACAGGCGCGCUUCCUCCUCCUCCUCCUCCUCCUCCACCCAGCACUCCAUCGUCAUCACCAAGGAGGGCACCCAGCCCACUGCAGCCGGCGCCCAGGCCCACCCCGGGGGGCCGAACUAGCCCCCCCCCCCUAGGGUCUCCCAGGAGGCCCGGAGAGCCCAGCUCCCAGGGGGGUAGAGAGCUGGAGGCCCGAGGUGAGGGCCGGGGGCGGGGGAAGGGUCCCAACACUCCUGGUCGACCUUGAGUGUGUCCAUCCCAAGAAAUGGAGAUGGGGAGGCGAGGCGGCGGGGAACAGCAGGGAACAGGCCUUUGGUGGCGUCCGCUGGGUGUCCCGGUCCCCGGGAACAUGGUGAAAUAAAUUACCCAGACAGCCACGACUCUGGCUCCUUCCAAAAUCUGUACUUCCAGCCGGGACAGGCCAAAGAGACGCCGGCAGAAACCGACGCACUCAUU